AACUCGGGGCGGCGCCAAGCGAAACCCGCCUCUCCCCUGAGGAAGAAGAAGAGCCGAGGGGCGGGACACGGGCGAGCUCCUACCUGCGCGCGCUACCCUUACCACCAGCCCCCUCCGCCGCCCUCCUUUCUCUCUCUCUCUCCCCCUCUCACGCACAGAAAAGAAGGAAAUGCCGCCCUGCUGGUCUCCGGAGAGCUUCUCGGGAGGAAACAGAGGAGACUCCUUCUCCCACUUCGAGCCCGAAUUCUCUUCCGACGAGCCUCCAGCGGCGGCGCAAAGGUCCUGAGCGCCUUGGCUUGUUGGGAGGGCCUUGCAGAGGACUUUCUUCCCAGCGCAGAGACAACUUCAGCAAGGCAGAAGAUGGCUCACUCGGAGAGACCUCAUCACGAUACAGAUUACAGGCAGAGGGAGAGUCCAAGGUCCAGCCGAUAUAUUGAAGAAAGAAAUAGGAAACCGUAUCCUUCAAAUGGAAGGUCAUCAGAAGGAACAACGGAAAAUCCUAGAUAUCCCACAGCUUUCGCAGACCCUCACCAAAACAACCCAGGAACAGCUCAGGAAUAUGUUGAUUCUUCACCCCCAUUGUUCUACCCUCGAAAAGAGACUUUUUCUGAGAAGUGCUCAAACCUGUGUUCAAGAAGAGGAAUCUUGCAGUUCGUUGAAAUCACACUUAACAUUUUGGUGCUGGUCUGCAUAGGAGCAGCUCAGGCAUCCAUUUCCGGCUUCACCUCCAUGGGAGGCCUGGGCUCCUUCAACAUCAAUUCCGCCUACAGCCCCUUUGAAGGGGUAGAGUUGCAAGAGGUGAGGGACCUGGACAUGCAGUUCAACCAGAUGAGAGCUCCUUGCGUCUACGGCGGCGUGGCCUUCAGCCUAACGCUGCUGUGCCUUACCAUCCUCUUCCUCGUCGCCGGAGGGAAGCCCAUCCAUCGCCUCUCGGUCCGGUUUCUCGUCACGGAAUGUGUCUUCGAUGUCCUCGCUUGCCUGGCAUACAUAGUGGCCGUAGGCCUCUACCUCCACUUUGUCCUGCAAGUCAACGCGACGGAGGUGUGCAAGAAAAGAGAGAGGCUUUACGCCAGGCGAGGCUACACAUCCAUGAACUGCAGCGUGCAAGGCGGAGAUGCUUCCGUGGCUCUCUUUGGCCUCCUGGUGGCUUGCCUGUAUUUCCCAAGCGCUGUGGUCUGUUUCCUCACCAUUCGGAGUGUGCGGGAGUUCCAGAGGCAGGCGGCGAAGGUGCAGUACAGCCUUGAAAGGACCUACAGCGAGGGAGACCAGCACAAGGCCUACAAGAGGCCAGAAAGCAUUGACGGGGCUAGGACCUUUGCCACCCUGGUGUAGCCAACGCUAGGAAAACACUGUGAA